UGAGCCACCGAUAUGGAAAUUGUGUUAUUAUAUGUAAUAUGACUGACGGGGUCAAAACAAUAACAGGCUCUACAAAUAAAAUAAAAAUAUCACGCAGACUCGACGGUGGCAUCGAGAUCACGAGGGCCAGCUGAAGAAAAAGAUGGAUGAGGCCGAGUGGGUCUACAUCCAGGGCAUACCCAAGUCUGGCUACAGGUCGGUCAGACAGCAUUGAUCAUCCUGUAUGGGGUGGCGACUCUGUUGCCAAGCCAUUUGCCGGUGUACGGGUUCCUGUUGCGCAGGACAGCUGCGAUCGCUUCGGUUUUCUUCUCCUCGCUGGCCUCAGAGCGAAUCUUGUCGAGCAGAGCGAGCUUCUUGGCAGUGUUGUCCUGGUUGGCUGCAAUCUUGGCGGCGGUGAGUCCUUUCUUGACAGCCUCGGAGAAGGACUUGGGUUUGGCGACAGCCCCGGCCCCUUCGGCGAGUGCCUUUAUGGCGUUCUCGGUCUUCUCGGCGAGGACAUGCAUGCUGGCAACGGCUUCUUCGAGCAGAGCCUUGAGACGUUGCACAGGGGUCUCACUGUCAUCGUUGAUUUGCUCGGCCUGCUUGAGGAUGUUCUUUGCCUUUCCGAGGGGUUCCUCGACGUCGGGGAUGCGGAGUCUGUCCUCCGGGUCGGUGCUUUAUGUCCAAGAUUUCUCUGGAAACUCGAUCCUUGCGGGUCAUGAGUCCCCAGAAGCUCAGCGGGUCGUAACAUUUUCCGCAUUUUUCCACGCGGUGGGUGGUGUCGGGGCUGCGGAUGAUGCGGGUGCACAUGAUGACCUGGUUGGUGUUGUCAAUUUGCCACUUGGAGAUUCCAUGGGCUUCCACGCAAUUCGGGCAGCGGACGCUGCUGGCCAGGAUGGCCAUCGCGAAGCGGAAGCGGCGGUAGGUGAUGUGGUUCGUGGGGAUGCUGCUGAAGUCCGAGUCGUUAAGGGUAUUGUUCUUGAUUUUCUCGAUAAUAGUCAAGGCCCAUGCCUUCUCCUUCUCCACGGAGCGUGGGUUGGGGAGGCUGGGCGAGUCACCGUAGAGAUCGUGGAUGAGUUGGUUGAAAUCGAGUUCAGGUGGGUGAUGCUUGUCGUGUUCGGGUUGGGGGAGGUCGGUUUCGGGGUUGGUGGUGUCUUCAGGCGCCUUUCGCUUCUUGACAGCGAUAUUGCCAUCCUUGCUGGGUGUCUGGGGAUGGGUAGCGUCGUUAGUGGCUCUGUUAGUUCUGGUGUCGGCGGCAGCGGUGACGAUCUGGGCUCCAGGUUGUCCUGGGGGAGGGAUGGGCUGGGGAGGCUCGGCUGGUUGGUUGUUCUGAUUUUUUCUGGGUCUCAAGGUCAUUCCUGAGGGUCCUGGGUCCAUUUCCAUGUCCCCAGGGUCCUGGUGAUGGUUGCGGGUCAUAAAGAAGGAGGGAUUGGUGGUUUGGGGUGUG